AUGGCAGUCAACGCGGUGGUCCUCGAUGGCAAAGACGAUGACAUGUACGGAGAUACCUCCGUCGCUCCUGCCCAACUCACACUUGGGAGGACAAUGUGCGAUUUGGGUGGAAGCAUGGAUCUCCACUUCACCACCUCAAUUUGUACAAAGUAUUGUCCGUGCAAUGCCGGACAGCAUCACCCUGGUGGAACCACUCGCUUGGUACCUCGCCAGGACACGAAUGUGAUGUUCGGCACUCGACGGAGAGAGCUUCGCGAGUAUGGUGCAGAACCAACAUCGUCGAUCGAGCAGAAGUAUGUCGACAGCUGUGCUGGGCGUGGCACUCUCAAGAUUGACUGGCGGACUAGGGCACCACCAACAGACUCGUACCGUCCAGGAGAUUUUCAGCAGAGAAGCAGGUCACCGGCCAGGAUAACCGCUCUCGCCGGAGAGACGACGAUGUCAGCCGCUCUCACCGGAGAGACGAUCCUCGGACGGAGCCUCUACGGAGGACACAGCGACCUCGCAGCCGAUCGCCACGCCAUGACAACAGACCGUCUGCCUCUCGCCGAGACGAGAUGGGGUCAAGAUCUCCUCGUCGUCAAGACAGACCUCGCAGCCCGUACGACCACUACACCACUCGCCGCAGAGCGAGCCCGUCGUACAGCCGACCUCGCAGUCGGACGCCGACCCGCCCACGUGAGGACCGAUCCGAUCGAAGAGAUGGAGCUUCCGAACGACUUCCGGUACAACCACACCGACGUGAGCUUCCUCCAGUUGAGGUGGCAAAGCCUGCGAUCGGUCGUUGUCGUUGAGACUGCUGACAAGGAGCUACAGGCUACUGCGAGCAAGCCUCAAGAGCCACACAGCAAGGCUGGUGACAAUGCGGCAGUCGUCAAGGGAAAGUCCGCGGACGCUGCGAUUGUUCUUUCCGAUCUCAACUCGUCACCUGAGGAAGAGCGGGAAUCGGUCGUCGAUCCAGAGGAAGAGCGGGAACUGUCCGGGAACACACCAGCGGAAGAGAUCCAAACUUCUGAUCCCUCAAGGAAGCUUGCGGAUGUGACGAACCCCAGUGACAUGCAGCAGACUUCCCGGUCUGUCAAGUAUGUCACUGCGGAUGACGCGUACCACUAUUGCGUCGCAGCGCUGAUCCCUGACCAACCGACUGGGUACGACGAGGCGAAGAAGUUGGUGACUGGCAUCGCGGAACAGCCUGUCGGGGACGCUUGCUUCCAAGAAGCGGUCGACAGACAAGUCGCAGAAGGCAUCCUCGAGGUUUCCGGCUCUGGUUCCAAUCGUAUACUUACGCAGCGGAUGGAGAAUGACUGGUCCAGGGCGAGGGAUGCGAUGGAGGCUCUUAUCGACAGUGUGAUGGACUACAAUAGCCCGACGAAGGCUGAUGUUGUCAAGGGUCUUAUCUCGAAGAAUACGGCUCAGCCGGUCGACGAUGAGUGCUUCUUGGCAGCUGUGGACAAUCUCAUCGCCAAAGGCUUGAUUGCAUUAUCUGGCACAAAGUUUCGUCGCAUACUAACACUAUCUCAGGUGGAGCCGCAAGGCGAACCGAAAGACGACGAGGGUAACUCCGAGCAAGAGUCCGAAGCAGAAGUCUCCAGGGGUAAUAAAGGUCCUUCUGACGACGAAGAUGAUCCCUACAUCGCAGACGACGACGAUCAGCUACCCGCAGGGGGGGAUGAAGACGAAAAUGUCUACAACUUCGACUAUGAUGACAACGCCGCCGGUCCACCUCUAGCCGGAGCAGCGUUAGAACAGCAGCGCAAGAACAAAUCGAAUGCUUCGGCGGUCGAAGCCAAUGCGCGGUACUGGGACAGCCGCGAUACAAUCGAGCAAAUGGUGAAGGAUGAAGACCCUUUCGGUCCUAUUUUGCUCGAGAUCUCGAAAAUCGCGCUGACCAAGUCCGAGGGCACAUCUCUGAGCCCGAUGUCUGUCACCCUGUGCAGAGCACUCGAUGAAUAUGAUACGAUGGUGGACUUCUCGGACGUGCUGACCGUACCUCCAGAAGGAUCUGGGCUCGACCCGUGGGCGUCGGACAAUCUCGUGGCUUGGUUGACGACACAAUAUCGUUUGGAGGCCGCUAACAAUUUCUACAUAGCGUUCGGAAUGAACGUGCACCGCUUCAUCCCUCGCCAUGGCGCGGACCACACCCUCACGAGCGAGGAAGAAAAGCACGACAUUAUCGACCAGAACAUUGCAAAUGCACGAGCAUUCUCCGAAGACCCUGCUCAGUCAGGCGAUGAGACGAAAUACUGGAUGUACUUUGCUGUGCACGAUAUGCCGCCUACCACCGAGGUAGCCAUCCUCCCGUACAACACUAAGGGACAGCACUGGGUGGUGCUGGUCCUCGCGUUUGAUCACGACAGGAAGAUCUGCAGUCCAUAUCUCUUCGACUCAAUCGAUGGCCAGGGAGGCAGAGUGCACUCGUUCGAAGUUGUGAGUACAGAACUCCCGAAGCUGUUGGAACUGAUCAGUCUACGCCCAGGGAGUGGCCUAGACGGCUUUCAACUCGCAGAGUUGAUACAAGUAACUUGUGUGAAGCAGAGCAACGGGAGCGACUGCGGCUUCUUCGCUUCUAAUUGGAUUUCGCUCAUCUCUCAGAGCGGUAACAUUAGCACCGAGCCAACCAGCGAAGAAGUGUGGCCACGAACGGAUCGGGCUCGCAGAGAUUUUGGCGUGGAGCUUCGCUAUGACGUGUUGUUGAAAUUGUACAAGGCGAUCACCGGCAACACCUGGGACGAAGCCGCGACACAUACUGCGGGGAGUGCUGCCCGCGGAUUUGGCGCUCGGCAGUCUGACACGCGCAAGACGAGCAAGUCCACUCGAUCGAUCGAGGACAUUCGCAAGCGAAGCGACGCUCUCAACCAAACGACGGACGACCCUGCCAACAUCGAUGCCAGCAAGGAUUACACGAGCGAAUCAGAGGACGAACAAUCGGAUAGGUGUUUCAAGCUCGGCCCAUUGCACUACAUCUGCGAUUUCAUGAAGGAAGUCGGCCGACCAGUGACGGCCGAUGAGGUCUACGAGGGUGUUCAGGACAGAAUCGGGAGGAUACCGGUUGGAUGGGAACCUCGUGAACUGGUCCAGGAAUGGCUAGCUAACUUUGAGCAAGUCUUCUCUUCCGUUGUUGAUUACUCGGGUAGGAAUAAGCCCAUCUCUCGAUAUCUUCUACGAUCAGGUCCCGGAAGAUCGAUGGAAAGCGAGAUGACCAGAUUCUUGUUUCGGGGAAGUGCUCCUCUCAGCGGUGUUUCGGCAACGAAGGACGUUAACAUCAUCAUAGUUUCUUUACGAAUGAGCAGCGGUCCGUCAGAACGAGCAACGUGGGUCAAGCUGGACGAGCGCGCAGAGCAAAUGAUGCGGUCCUACUGGCGGUCGAUCGGUCAGAAAGGUGCUUACCCCGAGAUGAUAGAUAAUGUUAAUCAACUGCCGGCGAAGUUGGAACUGAAGCAGACGUGCUGGAUCAGGCACAAUGUGAAGUCGCGCUCUUCUACGAGAGUCCCAUUUGAGGACAGGACGGACACAGCCGUGGCUGCCAUGCUGGAUGCGGCCGAUCUUUUCAGUGCUGAUUUGCGUGCUCGCGGGGUUGGGCGUUUGCGACUUAUGAUUCUCUUGAACGGGUGGGAUGGCCUCACUACUGACAACACUUCAUGGCGUGUCAUCGACCAGCGCUGGCCCAACCUGAAGAUACAGAUUGGUGUGAUCGUGCCUGUGGACUACUGGUCGGUUCCACGUAGUAGGACUCGCAGUCCUACUACGACGAUUUUUCUUAGUGUGCGGGAGUUGGCUCGCGAUUUUGAGUGCGGCUUUCAGAUGUCCGCUUUGGAGAGAGAAGACGUCCCACCGAGUCGGAUCGCUAAUUGUCGUUUCUUAGCAGUUACUGGUGCCUGCAACAUCGUCAAGAUCGCAUUCUCGCUGUUUUGGCAGGAACAGACAUGGGGGUCCUACCUGGCAAGAACGCUCAACAUCUUUCGCCUGAGACGCAAUUCGACCGCUCUAACGAUGAUGGACGAUGAUGCAGCCGACGAUGUCAGGGUCAACGAUAGCCCCCGGAUCUUGAGGGGAAGAGAGCUUACCGAUGCUGCGAUACAGGAGAUUCUGGCGGCGCAGCCCAAGUACACAGCCCCGACCUUGGGCAGGAAUGCCCCGAGGGUGAAAUGGACCAAUGAAGAGCUGCAAGUCGUAGCUUCGGGAAAGCUGGACAAAUUGACCGGCAAGAACAAGGCAAUUAUAUUGUCUGCUGCUACCGGCUGCCCGAUGCGCUCGUUGCACAGCUUAAAUUGGAAGUGGAGUGAGCUGCAGCCACUCUCAAGAUUCGCUGCUCGCCUGCGUGGAAUCCGGUUCACAAACUCGACAAAGUAUGCUACUAUCAAGUGGCUACAAACCGUAGAUGCUCUCGAUGGACGCCUGGCACGCUCCCGCCGCGCCCCCCGCAGCGAUUUCCUCAACGACUUCUAUGACGACGCGGUAGGGACGAUCAGCACUCUAGACGAUCAGCACUCCACCCCAGACGGAAGCAUAUCUGGCACUGCCAACAAAUCCCCCGCCGCCUACCUCCGAUUGUUCUUCGAAUCUAGAGAGGACAAACUCUACCUCUGGGAGAAUCACUGUACCAUCCAACUGCAAAGCGCAGGCGGAGAUGGACUGUCCAAAUACGAGGCUUCGAACGAAGCGGCCACCAAGACCGCCGUGAGCAUUACCCGACACUUCCCCAAGAUGCAGGCUCGAGCUGCGGCGCACAAGCAUUGGGAAGAGACACGGCGCGAAUUGGGCUACAGCCGAUUUCUGAGAAGGAGGAAGAUAGGCGGCUGGGCGGCGCAGUCUGGACCACAGCCGAUUUCUGAGAAGAAUGAAGACGAGGGAGAUACGUAUUUUGGAAUCCGAAUAGGCUGCCCCCAGCGCCAAAUCCCUCGACUCGGGGACUAA